AAGAUCUUGCAAGAGUGACAACCAGACCACAAACCCCUUUUAUUUCACUUUCUCCGCCCCAGAGAGCACGAUUUAGCGUUUUUCUUCCUCCUCUUUCGCCUCUAGAGACAAGGAAGAAUAGAAGAGAGGUCCUCCAUGAGAUAUCAGUCAUGGUGGAAGGUGCUGUUGGCGCCAAUUUUCUCAAAAGGGAAGAACUUGGCGGGAAAUUCUCAGUAUUUGAAGAGACGGGGUCGAGGAACGACGUUCAGGAUGUGUUCAAACGUGUUAACCGAGUCGCCGAUGAAGCUGGUCACUGCAGACGAACCAGCGGCAGAUGGCCUAAGAGGUCGUGACCUUGUUAACCAUGCCAUGAGAAGCAUCUUUGCCACCUCUCCAGCGAAGUCACCCAAGAAGAGGGAAGCCGACAGCCAGUCGUCUGCACCCCAGGCUGGACUGUCACUGCUGCCCGCAUCUCUCCUCCUGCAGAAGAGCUUUGGUCUUAUUGCCUCUGAGGCUCCUUCAGAAAAGAGGAAAAGAUCCAGGCCCUUCACAGUGUCAAUUGAAGGGAAUAUAGGAAGUGGCAAGUCCACCUUCCUUCAGUACUUUUCAGCUCUACCAGGUGUAGCUACUUAUCAGGAACCUCUAAAUCUUUGGACUAAUCUCCAUGGCCACAAUCUACUAGGGAAGUUGUACGAAGACCCCAAACGCUGGAGUUUCCUUUUCCAGUCCUAUGUCCAGUUGACUCGAUUAAAUAUUCACCUUCAACAGUGCAACAGUCCUGUCAAGCUUAUAGAGAGAUCAUUGCAAAAUAACAGAUAUUGUUUUGUGGAAAGUGGCCAUGAUUCUGGAGAACUGCAUGGGGCAGAGUAUAGUGUGCUAUGCGAAUACUACGAUCUGCUUGAGUCAAAUCUUGAUAUUGGAAUAGACUUAAUAGUAUACUUAAGAUCAACACCAGAAACCGUACACAGCAGGAUGCUUGAGCGAGGUCGGUCGGAAGAAGCAGGUGUUCCAUUGGGGUAUCUCAAGCAGGUUCACAACUACUACGAGAAUUGGUUACUAGAGCAUAAACCUCGUGCACCCCCAGCCCCAGUACUUGUAAUUGAUGCCGACAAGGACUUGGAAAAGGUCAAGGAGGAGUACAGACAAAAAAAAGAAGUUAUUAUGGGAGAAAAACCUUUAUAAUGAAGGCUGUAAAUCAUGGUCUUUAUUUCAUGCGUGUGUGUCUUUAUGAUAUAUAGAUUGUGAAGUAUUUUCUUUGAACUUACCAUCCAUCUUGCUGGUGAAAACAGUGUAUGUUUAACUACAUAUUUAAUGUGUAAAACUAGGUAAGUGUUCAUAGCAUUUAAGUUUUUAAACAUGUUUAAAAAGAGGCAGCUCUACUGCCUUAUAUAUAAGCUUCCAUUGACAUUCAGGUCAAUUUUGUAUUGUAAGAGUAGUUCCAGUUAGUCUCUUUUUAACUAGCAAUGAGGUAACCUUUUAAUGUCAAUAUGAUGGAUAUCUACCUCAAUGUAAGGAAUGUUUUCACGACAUGCAUCUACACACAUACACUGCUGCUAUAAUUACCAGAAUCAUAAUUUACAUACAACUUAUGGUUUACAAUUAAACUUCAUAUCAUAAAUAUCAGUUUUAUUUUUAUUUGAAUAUUUAAUCUGGUUUGUUUAGUGCAAUAAUGAUAAAAAUUCAGGUUCUGUUUCUUUGACAAAGGCAGGGAUAUAGCUAAGAUUAAAUAUUUUUUUCUGUAGAAAUUUUGUUUCUGAUAGUCAUUUUUCAUUUACUUUAAUUUUGCUUGCUUGUUUAUACAUUAUAACUCCUAUUGUUAUAUUUCUCAACUUUUUUUUUUUUUUUUU